AUGGAAUCGUCGACUGCAAAAGACGUUGAUAUCGAAAUGCCGUCAUGCCAGAUUUGUCAAGAAGAGUAUGGAGAUGAGAAUCAUCCCGUGGUUACGGAGUGCGGACAUACAAUGUGUGAUAAAUGUAUUCAGAACCUGAAGAAUCAACAAGGAUCUACCACGAUCAACUGUCCAACUUGCCGUAGAGAAUGUAAUGCCGAUGCUCCUAAGAACUUUAAACUAGAAGAAACUAUUUCGUUAUUGAAGAAGCUUCGGAUGAAACCAGAAAAUUCAGUUGACUGCUCCAAAUGCUCAAAAAAUGACAACGAAUCGGAAAUGUUUGUGUGCCGUGACUGUGUCAACGAUCCAUUUCAAUAUGAUGUUUUAGGAUCUAUAAAUUUUCAGGUUGAAUUGAACAUCAAGUCUUUGGCUGUCUGCGGAACUUGUGCUAUUCGAGACCAUGUUAGUCUGCGCCACGAAGUUAUUUCAUAUUUUCCAUUAGUAUCAGCGCAACACUUCCAGAGCCAACUCACUAGUGUAGGCUAUUUAAAAGAAGAACUUGAACAUCAGUUCUAUCAAGCUAAUGAUACGUUUGGAAACUUUGGAGCCACGUUUCAUAGUUUCAGUCAAGAGCUCGAAAAAAUGACUGAAAUGAUAAGAAAAAGUAGAUCAAGCGAAGUGCAACAAGAAUUUACGAAUCGAAUAAAUGAAGAAGUUCGAAAGUUUUCGGAGCAUAUGAAGAGUGUCUCAAAAGCAAUAGCUGAAAACCAAGAAAAAUACGAAAUAACAUUCGAAAAGUUGGUGAAAAAGAAUAGAGAAGAUGAAGAAGAGAAGUGUAGUGAGCUUCCUGAAAGGAAAUUCGAAACGGCAUGCAGUGAAUGUGCAACAAAAAAUUAUCUUGAUAGACUAUUAUGUUGCAAAACAUGUUCCGAAAUCGUGAAUCAAGUCAUUCAAGACGUCCUCGAUUCGUCCGAUCUAGAUGUUGUUAAUACGGAUACGCUGCCCAUUUGCUCGAAUUGCGUUAUCAAUGGCCACUUCGGAGAAGAUCAUAAAACAGUCAAAUUUUCAGUGUUUCAGAAUAAAUUUGAUACUCUCAAGCGUUUAAGAGUCGUGGAAACUCAGAAAGAUAGUCUACAUGAGAAGUUUUCGGCACUUCGAGAUAUUUAUCAACACUCAAUCAAAGAAAUUGUGAACUACGAUGACAAAAUAAAGAAAAUGUGGGAUAUUACCAGCGAGAGCCGCGGAGAUCCAAACCAUGCUCACUUUGUUGAUGGUUUUCAGAUUAGUUUGGAUCAGGCGGAACGUGUUGUGACAAAGUUUCAAUCAAACGCUGGAACAAAAAAGAAACGAAUCGAAGACAAGAAAGGAAUGGGCGAUGGAAGAACCAAAACAGAAAUUUCAGAGUAG